AUGGACAUGAAGGCCGCGACCGAGCUCAUCGUCUCGCUCUCGACCGUGUUCGGCACCAUCUUUGUCGCCCUCGCUCUCGCCGGCGCACGGUUCGCCUUCCGCCGCAGCCGAAAGGCGCGCGCCGUGCCGGUCGACCCGACGUACGAGGAGACCAAGGUGACGCUCGUCGGUGCGGGAGCUGCCAGGGCGGGCGAGCAGGACAAGCAGGGCGCAGAAAGGUGGUUCGCAGGGUCGUGGGGCGUGACGCCGGUCGCGAGCGAGGGUCCGGGCGGCACAGCGCAAUACCUCGGCGGCUGGUGGGGCCUCGACGCUCCUUCAAACGCAGGGUACCCUCGCACCUCGUCGCCCACCCACGUCGAGGACGACCAACACUCGACCCGCUCGACCGCCACGUCCGGCAUGCGCGAGUCGCACUUUUCGCGAGCCUCUCGAGCCUCUCGCCGCGCCGACAAGCUCGCUCGCGCAGCAUCGGCGGCAUCGAGCAAAGCAGCAGGCAACGACGUGCGCAAGAAGGAGAAGAAGAAGCCGCGCGUGAGCAAGACGACCGAGUUCGGCGCGUUCGAGCAGGACGCCGGGGUCGAGGUGGACGAGGCGGAGGACCGUGCGCGGGAGAAGGAGGCGCUCGUGCAGCAGUGA